GAUCACUUCAAUGCCAUCUUUAUUUUCUUUUUCAAAAUGACUCAAGUCCCAGAGACACUCCUUUAAAUCAUUCAAUCCUUCUCCAAAAGUCCCCUAUUUCAAAAUAGGAGACAAAGCAAAUACCACCAUGGCAGAUCCAUCCGUCAUAACCAUCGAUAACAUCUCCAGCAGAAUGCCUCCUCAUAAUGCAGACAGUGCCGAAAAAUCUACAGAUCAUUUAUACGCUCUAGUUGACAUGGGAAGGCAUGAUAUAUCCUCAUCAACAAAUAUGUCAUAAUAGAAAACUCCCAACUAAUUAUAAUCCACAGCAAUGGUAUUCGAUUUUCCAUCUCGGAUCUUUCUCCUCCUACCGCCCGCCUCCUUCCUUGCAUCUAUCGUGAUCGCGCUCCCAUCUCCCUCUACGAUGCUCUCCAUUCUUCUCUUCCCGGCUCUCGAGAAUUCAUCUUCGAUUCAGAUACCAUUGCGCAAGUUGCGAAACGUCUUGCGGCCUUUAAAUAUACUUGUGAUUCCUAUGGAGUGCUUUCGAGAAAUAUUGGCGUCUUCGCUACGGAGGCUAUGCGCACGGCGCUUAAUAGGAAAGAGAUGACGGAUGCGAUUAAGAGGGAGAGUGGGCUAGAAGUUGAUAUUUUGAGUCCGCAGGUGGAGAGUUUGUUGGGGGCUAUGGGGGCGAGGAGUGGUUUUGUGGGUGUGCGGGGUUUGAUGAUGGAUUUGGGGGGUGGGAGUGUUCAGAUGACUUUUAUGGAUAGUGGUGCUUCUGUAUCUUCUGCAUCUUCUGUUGAAGUGUUGGAAGCAUCUACGGGCGUGGAAACUUAUUGGGGGAAGAGUGCAGCGUUUGCGAAGAGUAUGCCGUUUGGGGCUGCGAAAAUGACGGCGAUGUUGGGGAAGGGUGAUAUUCAUGAUAUUCGGAGUGAUAUGCGAACACGAUUUCAAGAGACAUUCCAGGGAUUAUGUGGAAGUUUUUCAAAACUGCAGGAGCAGGAGGAGACUGAGGGCGUGACGAUAUAUCUCUGCGGUGGAGGUUUUAGGGGUUAUGGAAGUAUGUUGAUGCAUACUGAUCCCAUAAAUCCCUAUCCUAUCCCGUCCGUCGCCGGCUACAAAGUAUCCGGAAAGCGAUUCAAGCAAACGAAAGAAAUGCUCCGCGUGAACGAAGUCGAGAAGGAAAAAAUUCACGGCAUGAGUAAGCGACGACGAGAACAAUUUCCCGCCAUCGUAGAAGUGGUCGAGGGGAUCAUUUCCGUCGUGCCAAAUAUCAAAGAAGUAAUUUUCUGCGGCGGAGGAAAUAGAGAAGGAGUCCUCUUUCUCAAACUACCAUCCCAAAUCCAAGAAACUCAUCCUUUAUUACUCCUCCCCUCCAACCACUCCCACUCCAUGACCGAUACCCAAGUCACAGAACUAAUAGAAAUCCUCUCCUCAUCACUCCCCGCCUUCCAACCCGGUACUAAAAUCUUCAAUCGAGAAAUCUUAUCCUAUAUCGUAAAACACAUGUGGGAAAACAUGGCGGAUAUAUCGAAUUUAAACGCGGCCCGCGCAUUACAUACUCCUAUAUCAGGACCAAUGGCAGGAAAGCCCGGAUUAUCUCAUGAGGUUAUUGCGAUACUUUCAUUGACUAUGUGUGCGCGGUGGGAAAAUGAUGUGGGGAAAGUGGAUAGGGGUUAUUUGGGGAUUGAGGGGAUAGUGGGGAGGAGGGUGCUUGGUGGUGUGAUUAUUUGGGGGCGGUGGCGAGGGGGUUUGUGAGUUGGUUAUUGUUCCUGGUUCUGGUUCUGGUUCGGGGAGGGAGGUGGGAGGUGGGGAGAAGGGGUUGGAUUUGGGUUCAGGUUUAACGGGGAAUGGACGGAUGGAUUAGGGGAAGAAGGAGGGAAAUUGAGGGUUCGGUGAUUUGGGAGCACGGGAGAAAGAUGUGGAUUUAGAGAAGGUGAUUUGGGGAAGGGCUUGGGUUUGAAGAGGAG